AUGAAAGGAAAAUUUGUCUGGUCCAAUGAGGCUGUCCUGUCUGCCAUUAUGAGCCAGGCAGCCGGCAAGUCUGAUUCAGCGGCGGGCUGGUCAGAGAUCCAGGACCUCCUCCAGCAGACCCAGCUGGAGAACACCUCCAUGAGGCAGCAGCUGGACAUGCUGAGGCAAGAGAACCGCCUACUCAAGGACCGCAUCAAGACCCACGAGCUGGAGGCGCUGGACUCCAAGACGGACAACGAGAAGGCCAUGCUGCUGCGGCUGGAGGGCUCCGUCACCAGCGACGACCGCUCCCACCAUGCUGAGGAGGAUCUGGACGAGACAGCCGGCUCCUUCGUCAUUGCUGACUCCAAUGGUGACCAGAUACUCCCAGGAUUUCCUUCCUCGUCAUCAGAGGGAUCUGCGGUACCGGAGGAGGUCCCCAACAUGUCAGAGAGCAACUGGGAGAUUCUCAGCAGUGAGGGUGAGGGUUCCGUGGCCUGUCUGCAAGAUCGCAUCCACCAGAUGGAAGAGAAUCACUACACUGUGAAUGAAGAGCUUCAGGCAACACUGCAGGAACUUACAGACCUCCAGGAUAAUGUGAACGAACUCAAUUAUGAGAAUGAAAAACUCACCGAAGAAAAGAGCGUCAUAAUUGAAGCACUGUACAGACAACUAGAGAAGGUGGAGUGUCUCAAGAACUACUUGGAGUCAUUAAAGGGCCGUCUAGAAGAGAGCUGUGUGGAUAUUGAGCUUGACGAUCUUGAUGAAACAUUCAAUACAGCAUUCACAGACAUCUCUCUGCAAAGUUUAGACUUGACAGAAGUCUGGGGCAGUAUGUCCCAAGGCACCGGGGACAGGAAGAGACUGUCAGAGAUUCUCAGCGAACAUCGGAAGGAGACACAGUCAGAGAUAACAAAGCUCAAAGAGAAGAUGAACGAUAUGGAGCGGUCCCUGGACAACACUCUGGUAGAAAUGGAGCAACAGUCCCAGGAGCUGACUGUGGCCAAGGGAAAGCUGGCGAGCACGGAGGUUGAGCUGGAGAGGACCCAGGUCAUGAUGGAGGAGGAACGAUCCCGCCUGACAGCUUUGCUGCACAACCAAGACCCUGAGGGCAAGCUUAAUCUGGUCAACCUCAUGGACCAGGCCAAGCAGGAGAAGGAGGCGCUGGAGCAGCGCUGUGCCAUCCUCCAGCGAGCCUUGCAGGAGAGCCAGCAGCACGCCGCCAAGCAGCAACAGGAGAUCGAGGAAUCGGAUCAAGACUUUGAAGCGGCCCGGGAGCACGUCGAGAGGGAGGUCAAGCAGAUGAAUGAACGGAUCCAGGAGGUAGAGGGUGAGAAGCACGAGCUGGAAACUGAGGUCAUCAAUCUGAAGGAGACCAUCCUGGAGCUGGAAGAAGCACGGGAGCGGCACGAGGCGGACAAGGUCAAACACCUGACCACCAUCGCCGACCUCAACCAGGCUGUGCAGACUCUCCGAAAGGAAAAACAGGAACAGCAUAAAGAGCUCUCUGAACUCAAACGAAUCAGUGCACGGGAAUCAGAAGAGUGGGUUCAGUUUCAGAAGGACUUGCAGUAUGCCGUAGUCAUCGCCAAUGACUAUCGCACGGAGGCCCUCACUGAGGUCCAGCAACUGCAAAAGGAAAAGGACGAACUCGUGGGGAAAAUCAAGAGUCUCAAUGCUGAAGUGGAACGGCUCCGAAAACUGGAAAGGAAGAAUACAGCUCCGAACUUGAGUCCCAUUCACCUGAAGCCCACCUCAACAGAGAGCGAAAUUCGCCAGCGGAUGCAUGCUUAUAUAAAGUCGGACUCUGAUAUUGUUGGAGCCGCAACAAGAAAGUCCAAUUCCACAAACACCCAGCUGUCUGUGAAGAGUCUCAUCAAAUCCAUCGAGACGGCAGCAGCAGAGGACUCACCCAAGAUCCCCCAGAGUCCAACCUCGGUGUCUCCGGUGAACACAACGUUUUCCAGACCACUCCUGGGAAGACGAAACACCACCACAGCAUCCACAAAACCGUUUGAGUCAAAACCGGCCUUCACGCGACGUAACACCACCACAUCAAUGAUUUCCACCGACACCAAGAGCUCUCAUGCUGCCAGGACCUGUGAUGACCUGAAGCUGACCAAAGAGCCUCUUCGGCCGCUGCUUACCCAGGACACAUCUGUUCGGUCACCAACCAGCAGGUCACCAGGAGCCACCCGCAGUGAUGCCAGGCAAACUAUCGGAGAUGCACUUUUCAGGAAUACAGAUUUCCGGUCCCGGAAAAGUAGCAGCCCGACAACCUCUACAGCUCGGGACUCACAGGAUGCAGCAGCAAGUAAGACAUCAGGAAGUCCAGGCAAUGCCAGGAGAAUAAGUGAUUCUGAAAAGAAAGAUCCUCUGUCAGUUCUGGUCAAGUGUGGAGGUGGAGGAUCCAAGAGGAACGCUCUGCUGAAGUGGUGCCAAGCCAAGACGGCAGGAUUCAAGAAUAUUGACAUCACCAACUUCAGUAGCAGUUGGAAUGACGGUCUGGGAUUCUGCGCCAUUUUGUACAGCUACAUGCCUGAUAAGAUCCCCAUGCAUGAACUCAACAGCCAAGACAAGAGACGUAACUUCAAAUUGGCAUUCCAGGUUGCGGAGAAGUUGGGUAUUCCUUCCAUUUUGGAUAUUGAGGACAUGGUGAAGAUGGAGAGACCAGAUUGGCAAUCUGUCAUGACCUACGUCACAUCACUCUACAAGCAUUUUGAGACAUAACCAUUCUCUCAAGCUCAAGAUCCCGAUUCAGGUCACCUUCAGAGCAGGGUCGAAAAUUAAUGACUUGGAGACUAGCAGAUUUUAAUGACAUGUGCAUGCAACAUUCCAAGUGAAAUGGUAUUCAAGCUUCAUUUCGCCAUACCUUGUAAAAACAGAUUCAUUCCUUUGCGCAUAUGUGCAAACAGGAGAUGGCCAAAAAAUACCUGUUUAAUAGGAGGGAUCCACAAUAGAGUGUCACGAAGGCAUUUAUGGCCACAAAGAGGCCACCCGGCCAGAAUUUGCAUUUGAGCAUGUGUCAGUGGACAACUUUGGAAUUUUUUGAUAGAUAGGGAUGUUCCAUGCUACUUCAAAUACUUGUUUGAAUCAUCUUCCUUGACAAAUGAACAUUGGGAAUAAUUCAAGUGCCUGCAUCCAGCCGGCAAAUAAAAUUUGUUAACCAUUUCCCACAGUGCACUGGGAAAAAAAAUGGCUUUUCCAUGGCAACCUCUCAGUGCUGCGUAUUGUGAAAUGCCAAUAUAGUCCUGUCAUGUGUACCGUUUUUACACAGUGUGUUGAUACACAGUGCCAAAUUUGUAAGCAACACAUUAUCCACUGUGACUAGAAGCACUAGAAGCACCCCCUCUCUGGCAAUGAAGAGACAGGCUGGUGAGAAGAUUUUCAACAGGGCUUUGUUUACACACAAAGACUUUACAUUCCAUAGCUGGUACCAGUACACUGCAAGAGAAAUUGGCCACACGUGCUCAGUUUGUCCCGCGCCAAGUAUGCAUGAAUUUGUGCACGUGCACAUCAAAUAAAGGGAUGCUGUUGUGUGAAAGCACUCCAUCAGUCGUUCAGGCUUGCAGCAGGUGCACUCCUUACAAGUUGUCACAUGUCAUUCAUCCUCAAUCGAACCCAAAGCUUUUUAAGUGAACUGUGGACUUGUGAUUGGCUCAUGAUUGACUUGUGAUUGUCUGCAGGUACAUCCCACCUUUGGUACAUGUACGUUUGCUCACAAGUGUAUGUGCAUUGCUGUCGAAAGUAGCAAAUUAAAUUAAAAUUUGGCGCUCAUGGGCCAAAGGAAUGGGAAACUUUUGACUUGGUUGGUGGCAGCAAACAUUCCAGUUGUUCCAUGUUACCGGUCCGCUAUUGUUGGUUGCCAUUGUGAGUAUGCCCACGUUAGCAGAAACGUGACAUAAAUAGUGGGCAUUUAAUUUUGUGCUGGCAGAUGUCUCUAAAGUCUCCCAUUUAAGUCUCCCAUUUAAGGGAUGUCUUCAGGCAUGCACAAAUGUGUACCAUAGACCCUACACUGCUGUGGGGCCCUCAAAACCCUCUGGUGUUCAUUUCGUGGAUAUUUUAUUUUCCUCCAAUCUGAUUCCUGGUUAGCAGUGAUAGGAAUAGUUAAAUACAUGUAUUUGAUGAGGCAGUGUUGACAUUUCAAAUCUAAUUCCAUUAUAAUUGUGGUGUUACAGUGUGAACAUAGUAUGUAUAACUGAACUGGUAUAUAAAGAGCUUUAUUGUGAAGACCGUGCAUGUCAAGGAAAAUUUUAAUAUUGAAGGUACAAAAGGCUGAAAUUGUUGAGGCUCGGUGACAGGUGUAAUCAUGUGGUUUUACAGGGGGAAGCAAACCUGUAGUCACGCUUGCAGGCAUUGAAUUGUCAUCGCUUUGCAAGGAAUCUUGGGUUUUCCUGAGCAGCAUGUGCGACUUCUCUUGGAGUUCCACUUGACCCGUUUGGUGCUCCUUUCUAAAAGAACUGGCAAAUAUCCUAGAUUUUAGGGUCAUAGAUAUGUUUUGUAAUAUCCAAGGUGAAGUUUGGGAAAACUUGAGGAUUUUUCUCUUGCUUUGCGGACUUUUCUCUCUGAGCAUACUUUUGGUUGAAGUUCGAUAAUUUGAAGUAGGUCUUCAUCUGUUGAUUGGGGCAUUAUUAGUGACACAGAAUAUUUCUGAUGAAGACAAUGUCAUAUCAUAAUGUUAUAUUCCUGACUGAAUAAUACUCAUCCUGUUCAAACUGCAGUGGUGUGGAUUUACAUAUUAAGCCUUGAAAAGUCUGGUCAGAUGUAUAUAAUUUCGUAAAUAAAUGUACAUUUAGUUGAGUUCCUGUAUUCAGAGAGAGAGACAUUCUGUAAAUUUAUUCAAGUGAUUAUGUCCGUACAAAGUAACAAGUUUUUUUUUUCUAUUUGCUACAGUGGAGCUGUAAGUGAUUAGAUUUUUCAUAAAUUUUGUAUCAGAAUUUAUGAUCAGUAUGUGGAUUAAUCAAGAAAGUGCUCUUUCCCAUUUGAAUGAGAAAACGUCCACAGACACACUCCUUCAUUUUGGGAAAUAAAAAUUUUUGCUUCUUGUUCAUGAAUGAAUGAUUCAGUGCACAACUGAAAAAGCAGGCUGUGAAUGUAUUGGAGAAAAGCAACUCGGAUAGUUUACGCUGGUUUAAUAAACGUCUACAGUUUCCAGCAAAAACAAAUAAACAUGAUUAUGACAUUGAAACAUCGUUCAGCUGUGUUUGUAAGAAGAAUAAGUCAUAGCAAGCAAUAGUUCUUUUCUUUUUUAAACUCAGUAUUACACAUAUUCCAAAUUUUAAAUACAACACAUGUAUUUUAAUUUGUCAUUGGCUUCCUUCUUCCAAUAGCUUUGUUUAGCCUAAUAAAGUCUGUAAUCAGCCAAGUCGCACUUACUCUAGACAAACACAUGUACGAUAAUUGAUAUUGCAUGCAGGUAUGUGGCUUUGCAUUUUUCCUGAACUGCAUUCCUUUCGAAGUGUCAUAUUCUUUUAAUGCAAUAAUGCCACUGGAUUUAUAAUGCGUACAGUCUUGGAUUAAUCUGUCUGUUUACAUACAACAAAUAUGAUCCAUAUUUGCUAGACAUAUGAGAGUCGUGAAAUUGAUUUAUAAAUUCUGGAGUUAUCUUGUGUUAAUUGCACUAUGAAGACGUACCUAUCUUCCCGGUUUUCAAUGUAGUCUUUCAGAAUCUUUAUUCCAAGUAUAUUUUGAGAAUUGAAUUUUUAAGUUAAUUCUGCUAUUAAAGUCAAUAUGCUAUGAAAGCAGUUGGCCUAUGAAAAAGGAAAUAAUUUUGCUUUAAUCUCUAAUUAUAUAUGUUUAUCUUAUCCCCAUCUUACAUUAUGGUACUUACCAUUCAUUACUGAAAACUUUUCCUCUAGAUAGUUUUUUUGUAUUCAGAUGAUACUUAAUAAUGUUUAGCACGUGUAUUUUUCACUUGCUUUUUGAGAGCCACAUUGUGAAUAUUUUGUGUUUAUUGUGUGCAUAUAUUUUUGCUGUAAGAGACUUUGGUUAUUGCAGUGUUCUGUUCUUGAUGUAAUGUAAAUUUUGUUAUUUUUGUACUAAUUUACCUGUAGGGUUUUAAUUGAAGAAGAUAGUGACACAAUACUGUAUUUUCUGGAUUUGUUUGGAAGGUUUUGUUUUGUACUGGAACAUGGUAACGUUUUUGUCUUCAGAGUUUGCACAAACUGGAUAAAGAAGAUAAGUAGAAAGUUUAUUUAUGCAGACAAUUAUUUAAAUACCUAAAGCAGUUUUAUUGUAUUCACAGAAGCAAGUCUUUCCCUUCCUUUAUUCUCACGUGAGAGAGCAUGUUGGUUCAGAAUUGUUUGUAACAUUUUUAAGCAGCGUCAUACUUAAAAUAUUGUAAACUGAAGAUAUAGUCACGUUCCACAUGGCUUUGAAAAACAAAAGUAUCUUUUACAGAAGUAUCCAUUUGUAAGAAUUUGUAUGGCAUGUUCUUGGUUUUGUUUUUCAAAUUUCACGUUACAACACUUUAAUAGUGUAUUCCUCAUUCAAUACCGAGUCUUUUUUUCUAGUUUUAUUUUAAUGAGACUAAAUGGUUGUUAAACCUCUGCAACCCUCUACACAGUAUGCUAAUGAAUAUUUAAUUGCUGCGAGUAAUAACUCUUUGAAAAAACUAUAGAUAUUGACCUUCAACGUAAAUAUUCAAUAAGAACAGCUAUGGUGAAAUUCAA